CACGAGUAGCCGCAUAUUAGAUAUGCUGUCAGUGCACACCACUAUAAUUAAUAAUGGGCUGUGAGCAGAGCUCUGAAAUCCCACAUUCUAACCGACGGUGGAAGUGUCAGCACGUGGAGCAGCAGGUGGCGUAGUGGUUAGAGCCACCAACUUUCUGCUACAAGACCUGGAUAUGAAUCCAAGAUAUGUGAAUCGUUCCAGUAAAAAUGACCUUGCUGGACAAAUGGAUUCAUAAUGAAGUAGUUCGCUGCACCAGACUAAUAUUUUAAGCUGCUUUGAAGAAAUAUGCCAACUAAACGAAUAAAUAAUAAUAAAUGGCCGCUGUGGCCGUACAUAUCCUUGUGCUGCAAUCAUCUCCCGCUUGAGUGAUGAGGGACAGAUGAACCCUGUGAAGGAGGAGGACAGGAUGGAACUCAGCAUCAGGGUUUCAUUAUUAUAUGAGGUUUUUAAUUUUUUUUUUUUUUUUACUUUACUAAGCUUCUAUCUAGCUCAGCUGUAAUGCGUCACAGGGACAGUUGCAGUGCUAUAUUACAUUUCCCCUCCCUUAUUUUCGAAAGUUUGUGAAUCCCGUGCUACCUAAGGGAAAUAGAGUCCCCAGCAUGAUGCCAAGAGCGCCAACUGCAUCACUCAGCACGCAAGGACAGGGCAUCUGCGGUCUGCUUUCAGUCUGCACACCUCCGCCGAGCAGAGCCACUACGCUUCGAAAGGGCUUCAGUAAACACAGCUCUGCGACUGAGUGCGACUAAAACAAUGUGCUUCUGGCAAUAAACGUCCCUGUAUUUCUCGGUUGUCGCUUCGUCCGAUUUUCGGACGAGAAGAACCAGCUCAUGACCACCAACGUCUGGCUGUGGCAGGAGUGGACCGAUUAUAAACUACGCUGGAACCCUGAGGACUACGGCGGAAUUACCUCGAUAAGGGUGCCGUCCGAGAGCAUCUGGCUGCCAGAUAUUGUGCUGUAUGAGAAUGCAGAUGGGCGCUUUGAAGGGUCUCUGAUGACCAAGGCCAUUGUGAAGCACAACGGCUCCGUCACAUGGACACCACCUGCCAGCUACAAGUCGGCCUGCACCAUGGACGUCACCUUCUUCCCCUUUGACCGGCAGAACUGCUCCAUGAAGUUCGGAUCCUGGACCUACGAUGGAAACAUGGUGGACCUGGUCCUGGUGGAUGACCAUGUGGACCGCAAGGACUUUUUUGAUAAUGGCGAGUGGGAGAUCCUCAAUGCCACGGGGAUGAGGGGCAACCGCCAGGAUGGACUCUACUCUUACCCUUUUGUCACCUACUCCUUCAUCCUCAAGCGGCUCCCACUCUUCUACACGCUCUUCCUCAUCAUCCCGUGCCUGGGCCUGUCCUUCCUCACCGUGCUGGUCUUCUACUUGCCGUCUGAUGAGGGCGAGAAGCUCUCCCUCUCCACCUCCGUCCUGGUGUCACUUACCGUGUUCCUGCUGGUCAUCGAAGAGAUCAUCCCUUCCUCCUCCAAGGUCAUCCCGCUCAUCGGCGAGUACCUCCUCUUCAUCAUGAUCUUUGUCACGCUGUCCAUCAUUGUCACCGUGUUCGUGAUCAACGUGCACCACCGCUCCUCAGCUACCUACCAUCCCAUGGCCCCUUGGGUGAAGAGCCUCUUCCUGCAGCGCUUGCCCAGGCUGCUCUGCAUGCGAGGCCACGCCGACCGCUACCGCCACCCUGAGAUGGAGAUGUGCAGCCCUGAACCCCGGGGCCAGAAGCAGCAGCGAGCCUCAUCGGGGAAGGAGGAUGAGAACCACGCCUGGGUGGACAUCCUGGAGAGGGCCACUAGCUCUGUGCGCUACAUCUCAUAUCACAUUAAGAAGGAGCACUUCAUCAGGGAGGUGGUUCAGGACUGGAAGUUUGUCGCUCAGGUGCUGGACCGUAUCUUCCUGUGGGCCUUCCUGUCCGCCUCUGUGCUGGGCACCAUCCUCAUCUUCACCCCGGCCUUGCAGAUGUACCUGAGCACCCCGCCCUGAGACCUCCUCACCGAUGCAGCCCUCAUCACGCAUCACAUCAUCACCACCGCACUGAUGCACCAUCACAAGACAAGAAUGCCGCUGGAAUGAGCACUUCAUCCCAGUGCUUUUCACCUAACAUCAAGCACAAUAAUUACAUUAAGCACAAAAUAUUCAAACACUGUAGAUUUCAUAGAAGCUCUGACCACGAUUUUCGGUGAUUACAGGAGCUCACUGUUAACUAUCAACACGUUCCUGCUUUUGGGAGGCUGCUUUAGUAGGGUAUUGUGGAACUUUUGUUUUUUUAUUUUUGUUUAACCAUGUAUUCAACCGAGUAUUUUGUGGUUCGUAUACUUUUUUGAUGCCGUGUACAGUCCGUCAGUAUUAUUUUCCCGUUUUCCGAAGUCGCGCUACUGAAACCGUCGCCCAUCAUACUGUAAACGUUCAUCCACAGAAUUUUAAGAAUAAACAGCUUUAACUAGUUGUUGUUUGCCUUUUAAUUAACAGUAUGUCAAUUAGAAUACUUAUUCAUUUGCCACUUGGGACAAAAUUACACAACUUAAAACUGUGGAAUUUCGCUUAGUGAAAAAUUCUGUAUGGAAUAUUCCCAGUGGUGGUGGGCAGGAUAAUGUCUAUACUCCUUUUGGCAGGAGUGCUGGUCAGCAGGUCCAGGGACACUAACAUGGGGGCAGUGGUGGCUGCUCCCCCCAUCUCUUUGUCUGUUUUUCUUUGUACUUUUGUUUACUUUGAGU